CUGCUCAAGCCAGAAGUCCGAGGAGCGUUGCUCUAAACUCGGUGGUCAGAACUUUGUUUGCAUCGACUAAAAGUUUAAAUACCUCCACCCAGAAGAGGCUUCGUUGUUUUUGUAGCAAUGACUCAACGGCAGAUCGUUCAAGUUUUUGAGCAGUACCAGAAAUCCAGGAUGCAUUUUGUACAAACUAUUGCUGAUCUGGCCACCAGACCCCAAAACAUCGAAAUGCUUCAAAACGCAGGCGUGAUGCCCCUGCUGCGUCCCCUGAUGCUGGAUGUGGUCCCAAGCAUCCAGCAGACGGCGGCUCUGGCUCUGGGCCGCCUGGCAGACAUCAACGAGAGCCUGGCGGAGGCCGUGGUGAAGGAGAACAUCCUGCCCGAGCUGGUCCAGUCCCUGGCCUCCCAGAAUAGGUUCUAUAAGAAGGCUGCCGCGUUUGUGCUGCGUGCUGUUGCCAAACACUCCCCUGAGCUGUCCCAGGCUGUGGUGAGCAGUGGGGGGGUGGAGGCUUUAGUUCUCUGCCUGGAGGAGUUUGACCCCGGGGUGAAGGAGGCCGCCGCCUGGGCUCUGGGCUGCGUCGCACGGCACAAUGAAUGUAAGGAAGCCCGGAAGCCUACUGGCGUACCUCUGUCCCAGGCGGUGGUGGACGCGGGAGCCGCCCCCCUGCUGGUGCUGUGCCUCCUGGAGCCGGAGAUGGCCCUCAAACGCAUCGCGGCCUCCACGCUCAGCGACAUCUGCAAACACACGCCCGAGCUGGCCCACAGCGUGGUGGACACCGGCGCCGUGGCACACCUCGCACAGAUGAUCCUCAGCCGGGACGCCAAACUCAAGAGGCAGGUGUUCUCCGCCCUCAGCCAGAUCAGCAAGCACUCGGUCAGCCUGGCGGAGAUGGUGGUGGAGGCCGAGGUCUUCCCCGCCGCCGUGGCCUGCCUCCGGGACCCCGACGAGUUCGUCAGGAAAAACGCCGCCACGCUGAUGAGGGAGGUGGUGAAACACUCCCCCGAGGUACCGUUGCACUCGCCCGCACCAGGGGUGGAGAUAGAGAGAGAGGGAGGGAGGCGCCGGGCGCUGUGGCUCUCCCAGGUGAUCGUGAACUGCGGCGGCCUGGCGGCGGUGGUGGACUACCUGGGCGACGGCCACGGCGGCCUGCAGCUGCCGGGGAUCAUGAUGCUGGGAUACGUGGCCGCGCACAGCGAGACCCUGGCCAUGGCCGUCAUUCUCUCCAAGGGGGUGCCCCAGCUGGCCCUGUGCCUCUCCGAGGAGUCCGAGCAGCACGUCAAGGCGGCCACGGUUUGGUCCGUGGGCCAAGUGGGACAUCACACCCCCGAGCACGCCAAGGCGGUGGCCGCCGCCAACCUGCUGCCCAAGCUGCUGGAGCUCUACAUGGACGCCAGCAGCUCAGAGGACCUGCAAGUGAAGAGUAAGAAGGCCCUGAAGAGCAUCCUGCAGAAGUGCACCCACCUGCCGCACCUGGAGCCGCUCCUGUACGAUGCUCCCAGCAACAUCCUCAAGCACGUCCUCGGCCAGUUCAGCAAGGUGCUGCCUCACGACAGCAAGGCCCGCCGCCUGUUCGUCACCAGCGGGGGACUGAAGAAGGUCCAGGAGAUCGAUGCCGAGCCCGGUUCCGCUCUGAGGGAGCACAUCAUCGCCAUCAACGGCUGUUUCCCUGAAGAGAUAGUCAGGUGCGGCCUCCCCUACCCCGAAACUCUGCAGAUUAAACUGCGACCGUCCCACGGAAAGACGAAAUGUUUCCAGCGAGCUGUGUGUGCUCCCUGUUUCAGGUACUACUCCCCGGGCUACUCGGACGCUUUGCUGGAGCGCCUGGAGAGCUACCAGCCCGCCUGA